AGUCGGGGGACAAGGAUUGACGGGACGAGGAGGAAGAAGAAGAAGAAGCGGGGGAGGAGGAGGCCGUGGCGAUGAAGAACGACGACGAGAAAGACGAAGAGGAGGACGACGACGAAGAAGGAGGAGGAGGACGAGGCCCCAGCGGGGCUGAAGGGGGAAGAGGCGGCGACGGCGGCGGUGGCAGCGGGGGAGGAGGUGGCCCCGACGAUGGUAGAGGAGGAAAUGACGAUGGGACAGGGAUUGACGGGACGAGGAGGAAGAAGAGGAAGCGGGGGAGGACGAGGUCGUGGCGUUGGAGAAGAACGAGGAGAAAGGCGAAGAGGAGGAUGACGACGAAGGAGGAGAAGGAGGCGGAGGAGGAGGAGGAGGAGGCCCCAACAGGGGUGAAGGAGGAAGAGGCGGCAGCAGCGGCGGUGGCAGCGGGGGAGGAGGUGGAGGAGGAGAGACGACGAGGAUGGGGAGGAGAAUGAGUAGGUGAAGGUCCUGACCAUGGUGGAGGAGGAGGGGUGUGAGGGGGCCGAAGUGAUUGGCCACCCGAUCACUCCGCCGGCCCUCCCCGCUUUUUUUUCAAUAAAUCAAUCAAUCAAUC